AGGAUGCCCGAGGAGCGCGAGUGAGUCGGGGGGACACCAGGGCGUAGCCCCCGGGCGGGUUCUCCCCUGCUACAGCAUUCCCGCUCUGUCUCACCAUGUCAGUCUCCAAACUGCAGGAUGUGGAUGGGGUUUUCGAUUUUACCGCUGUGGUUCCAGAGACGCCACGCCUGGACACGAGCCUGCAGAAGGCCCGAGCCCGGCUCCUGGCCAAGGGCCACCGCCACCGGCCCUCCCGCUCCCGCCUGCGAGACAGCGCCAGCUCUGAGGGCGACGAGGGCCCCGAGACGGAGGGACUGGUGGGCACCCCCUCACCCAAGUCCUGCCACAGCUCCGACAGCUCACCUGGUUUUGCCCGCCGUGACACUCGGCUGCAGCAGCACAGUGAAGAUGACAGCCAGGACAUGAGCCCCCCUGAGCCGGCCAGUCCCACCGUGGGGCUCGACAAGAAAACACGGAGGAAAUUCUUGGAUUUGGGGGUGACCCCACGCCAGGUGUCUUCCAUCAAGAACCUGAAGGAGAAGGGCAGCAACUGCCUGUCCAUGGGUGGCAGCUCCUGGAUGAGCCCCCCAGUGUGGUCACAGGCUGGACAUGCCAACAGGCGCUGGGCAUGGGCAGCGCGCAGGACCGCGCCGUGCUGAAGCAGAAGCUGAAGGAGCUGAGUGUGGCUGUAGAGAAGGAGCACAAGGCCCAGGAGAAAGCGGAGAAGCAGCGGGAGAAGCAGAAGAAAAGGGACCAGGAGCAGCAUUGGAGCUAAAGGGAGAGGCUGGGAGCGCCCCUGCACCCCCUCCCCACCCACAGCCCCCCAGGACACCUGGGGGACACCCAGCUCCAGCACGGGACACGCCGCUGCGGCCAAGGGACAACAGUACUAGGCUGAGAUGGGCACAGAGUGGCACAGGCCCCCAUGCUCCAGCCGCCCCCUCCCUGCCUGCACCCCCACACCCCAUUGGCACAGUCCAGACCUUCCACAGGCCCCUUUUCUGGAUUCAAAUGGCACAUUGAACCCACUCAACCUCCUGUCCCAUCACCCCCCUACCCCGAGGGGUCCAGGAGGUCACAGCCACCCCUCUCACCCCAGCCCCUCAGUGUGGCGCAGCCCUGGCUGAGGAAAGUGCAUGACCUGACCUCCUCCAGACAUGCACAUCCCCCAGUUGGGGUGUGGGGAGUGAAUGCUGACCCUCCCUCCCUGCCCCCCCCAGCCCCAACUACGGGACCUUGGGUGCACCCCAGGAAAUAAAAGGGUAUUGAGGGCCAGUGCAAACCAGUGUGAGCAGUGUGAGCCUGACUGGGACAGGGCUGGGGAACAGGUAGGAGGGGGAAGAACUUGGUGCCAGGCUGGGGACAAUGCGAGCAGGGGCACAGAGCACAGCUCCUGCCCAGGACCUGUGUCACCAAGUGCCACCCUGUAACUGCCUGGGGUGGGUAAACUAAGGCAUGAGGGAAGGCAGUGACCCAGCCAGGUGGGGUUAAAGCAGGGGUGGUUCCUGGGACUCUAAAACACCACACUAGGAGCUCAGUCAACAUCCAAUUUAGUGACAGCACUGGGGGAGUCUGGGAGGGCAGGGUCCAGAGCAGGUCAGAGCACAUGUGGGGAAACAACCCUGGGAGUGCAGAGUGGGGGGGCACAGGCAGGUGAGAACAGCUCAG